GGUUGUUUUUCUUGUAGUGUUAUAAAAAGUUCCUCUUACAAAUUAGGUUGAGAAGUUCAACUAAAUUUUCAAAUCAAACUACAUGUUAAAGAUUUUGCACUUUUAUUAGCAAUUCAACGUAGUUUAGGUGGAAUAGGAACUAUAAAUAGCAACCAAUCUUCUUGUGCCUUUAGAGUAAGAAAACUUAAGGAGCUAAUAGAAUUAGUUAAAUUUUUUGAUAAAUAUCCUUUAAUUUCUCUAAAAAGAGGUGAUUAUUUAUUAUUUAAGCAAAUUGUAUCAAUUAUGCAAUUGAAAGAACACAACACUUUAGAAGGUUUACAAAAGAUUAUAAACAUAAGAGCAACCUUAAAUUUUGGUUUAUCCAAAGAAUUACAGUUAAUGUUCCCUGAAACUAUUCCAGUUCCCCGUCCUUUAAGAGAAACCUGUGUAAUCCCUCAUUCAGAUUGAAUAGCAGGAUUUACAAGUGGUGAAGGUAAUUUCUCUGUUUCCUUAGACAAAGGUAUCUUUAAAUCUCUAUUGUUUAAAAUAACUCAGCAUGAAAGAGAUGAAGUGUUAUUAACAGCAAUUAAAGAAUAUUUUAAUUGUGGAUAUUGUUAUUUAAGAAAACAAGAGAAUACAAUAGAUUUUAAAGUUACAAAAUUUUCUGAUCUUAAUAAAAUAAUUAGACCUUUCUUUAUUAAUAGUCCUAUAUUAGGUGUUAAAUCUUUAGAUUUCAAAGAUUGAUGUUUAGUCAUUUUUUCCCUUUUUUUUAGUUAUAAAUAUUAUCUUAUUACGUGAAUAGUAUUAUAUAAUAAUAAAAAAAAGGGAAAAAAAAAGGGAAAUGGUAAAGAAAGAAGAACAUAA